GCGCUGAGCGGUCAUGACGGGUCCCAAAGCGUACCGCUGCGCAAGACGACGGACCAGAAUGCGGUCUUCAGUGGGUCCCUCGUGAAGUGGCCCAAGAGGCCGCGAUGAACGGCGAUCGUGCUGCCUACCGCAACGUCUAUAUCUACGACGCCUCGGACAACGAACGGCUGCUGGGCGGGCUGCAUCAGAAUGGCUCCGUCACGGAUGCAACCUUCCUCGACAUGCUAGACCUUCUCCUCGUCACGCACUUUCCAAUACGGAUCCAAGAUAGAUUCUCUUGCCGCGAAGUACGUAGAAACGAAAGGCCUCUCGAGCCAGGGAUCUAUGACGUUUACUGUAGAGGCCCUAUCAAACUUUCAGACGAGCCAUGGCUGCCUCGCCUGGUCUCACCCCAGGACUCGCACCCAGAGACCACCUUCUCGGACAGCGUACGUGCACGCGACGGCAAGUGCGUCAUCUCCGGCGUCGCCGACCGCAGCGGGGUCGAGGCCGCACACAUCUUCCCGCGCGACAACGAGGACUACUGGCUCGCGCACGACCUCGCGCGAUGCAUCACGGACGCCGAGGGCCGCGCGGCCGCGGCGAAGCUGAGCUCGGCGCAGAACGGGCUCGCCCUUCUCGCGCACAUACGCCAGCUCUGGGACCAGUACCUCAUCUCUGUGAACCCCGACGACAAUCACAAGGUCGUCGUGUUCGCGCUCGACACCGACAGUCUCGACGGGCGGACGCUCGACCCUGCGUGCCGCGACCCGGCGGACCCGCACCGCGCCUCGGACGCGCUCCUGCGCUGGCACUACCGCCAAGCCGUCCUUGCGAACGUGCGUGGCACGGGUGAGCCCGUCUUCGGCGACGCUACGUCGGGGACGGACGUGCUCAGCGAGAUAGAGCACGCGCCGUACGCCAAGGAGCGAUUCCAGAUGGAGAUCGCGGCUCGGCUAAGGGGGUUUGGAAAUGACGAUUGAAACAUCGGGCAAGGCGGUGCCUGCUCUUGCUCUGAAUUGGCUGAAACGACUAUGAUACUUUUCGGGCCAGGUACGAGCAGAGAUGGUGACAGUGGACGGUCUUACUUGGGACAAUACUUAUACACGAUGCGUAUCCGGCGCUCCUUCCGAAACACACGACGAACCGGGCAACAAAAGAGAGAAAGAAGCUUGUCAAAGGAGCGAAAGUCGCGAAAACGGGACUGUUAAUCAAACAGGGGGUGAACAAGG